GGAGAAGCUCAUCACAUUCCGGGCUAAACAAUGUGGAACCCCCUGCUGGUGCCCCCAAACACCCCCGAAUACGGGGGUUCCCUGGUCUGGCUGUCUCUAGUGAUCCUGACAGGGGUUGUCUCCAACCUGGUGCUCCUGGUGACGGUUGUGAAGACUAAGUACGUGUCCGGGCAUGCUAGUGGGGUGCUGCUCUUGGCUCUCUGUCUGGUGGAUCUGUACGUGGUGUUCUUCUCCGCUCCUCUUUAUCUUAUCUCUACCGUGUACCAGCAGCACCUGCUCGGAGACACUGGAUGUUUGGUUACUAGCUACUUGGAUAACACUGUCUCCUUCAUCGGACUCUGGUGCAUUUCGUCCUCUUCUAUUGACAGACUUGUGGCGGUGUCCCAGCCACUCGUUUACAAGCAGAUCGUCAAGAAGGGACGAUCUUUAAUUGUGCUCGUCAGCAUUUGUGUUAUCAGUGCUGCUGCAUCAUCCCUCAUAUUUUUUGCUAAUAAAAAGUUUCUCAUGUGCGAUAACAUUGAUCAAACUGAAAUAAGUACAAUUAUUAGUUUAAAUAAUCUAAACAAUUUGAACACUACGACUGAACAAUCUCCAAAACACUAUUCUGUGUACGUAAAAAUCUAUCAGAUAAUUCACUCAGUGGUACCCCUGUCCGUGUCCCUCCUUGCUUACAUAGGGAUCUUUCUCUCGGCCAGAAACUUGAGAACUAGAGAGGUCGCACGGAAGAAAGUUUUGGAUAAAAUGAAUCGGAGGAGGAGGAUUGCAAGGGAGGAGGAAGAUGAUGAGAUUGUUGAGAUUUCAUCGUCAAUAGAGUCGGGUAUUGAUAUGGAGGGGUCCAUGACAUUCUCUGAUCGAUCUGAUGACGAGGACCUACCCAUUGAGAGACGACCACGGUCUACCACUUCCAGUGGGAGAAGAAGCAUGGUCGUCAACAAUGAAGUCAGGAGAUCCAAAGGAUCUAUCAAAUUUUCAAACACAACAGUUUUCAUGGAGAGUUUACACAACACUUUCUUUAACUCGAACCUUAUGGAGGAACUGAAUAAACUUCACGAGGAUUACUUUUCCCUGUCCCAAUUUGAGACUGAGAGAACCGACACAACAGAUUUAGAGACUCCCGACCUGUCGCCGGAACAGGGUCUACAAAACAUAGAUCCUAUUCUGAUGAACUUCCCAAAUAAUGUAGCACAAGUUUUCCGGUGGAAGAAAAAGGAGAGAAGCGUCACUGAACGACUUCAAAUAAAAACAGCGAUCUUGUUAGCUGCAGUGGUUGUGAUAAUUGUAGGUUCUCAUGUACCCACUCUUAUAUUCGAGCUGUCUGGUUCUCCGUCCCCAGUCACUGGUUGGUUCUCUCUGCUUCUCCCGCUCGUUGUUUAUUCUGUAAACCCUCUGCUCUUCGGCUUCCUCAACAACACUCUCCGAACGAAAGCUGUGGAACUGGUCGUGGAUAUCUUCAGAAAACCAGAGAGUCAGGUCACCGCGGAAAGUUCGAAUACGAUGAGAAGGAGGGACAGUAUGGCUGCUUUCAAGCGGUUUGGUAGGAGGAUCAGUCUGCAGGCUGCACUUCUCACAGAGUUUAAAAUAAAACGAUUAAAUACUGUCGGACCGUUGGAGAUGUUGCGUUCUUCGGAUAUGUCUAUUCUUAGUCAGAGGUCAGUCAUCCGAGACCAAAUGACUUUAAAGUACUUUGAAACAAACUUAUGAUCCAUGGUUUUAUUGAUUACGUGAUCAUUUUGUUUGAUUCUUUGAUUGUAGUUUUGUUAUAGCCAUUUAAUAACAUAUUGAAAUAUGUACUUUCGAUGCUUUAAUUCUUUAACCUUACUAGAUCUUUGAUAAAAACCUGAACCUUAUUCCGAUUUUAUUCUGAUGAAUCCAUAUUAAGAUAUCAAUAGGUUUAGCUGUUACUAUUAGCUAUUAUUAUUACACACUAGGUUUAGCUGUUACUGUUAGCUAUUAGUAUCACACUCUCUGAGGAAUGUUCUGCUAAAAGAAAAGUUCGAAUUUUAUUAGGUACUGCAUUUUUAGGACAGUUAAUUGCGUGUUAAAUUAUUUAUAAUGAAUUGCUUGAAUUUCAUAAAAGUUCUAUAAAAAUACCUUUGUUUAAUUAGCUUUCAUAAUUAGGCAAAUUUAACGAUUUUAUUUCAAAAUUCAUAAGAAUGUAAAUGUAGAAUCCGUACGUCCUCCUAAUUUGGAUUUAAACAAAAAAGCUAAAAAUUAUCAUUUCAUUGCCUUUCCAUAAAAGCUAAAAAAUAAAUUUACAAAUUUUAGAAAUGACGCACGCGCAAUUCUGCUCAAUUCCCGCUUAGCAAUUUCAUUAUUUAAUAAAUGUGUAAUUUCUGGUUUCCAACUGUGAAGAACUGUUUUCUCACUUUAUGAUUACGCGACCAAGAGAAUGCAAGCAAAUAACAAGGUGUAAGUUCAGAGCGAAGAUAAGCGCUGGAUUCAUGUCUUUUAUACGCGACGUGCAUAACUGUUCUACUAUCACUAAUUCUAGUGAUCACCAGGAGGCAGUCAUAGUGAAGUUAAACCUUUAAACAACAGAAAUUGAUCGUGACGUCGAUCCAGCAACUUGCAAUGAGUCAUCUUCGUCAGCCUAUCUGAUCUAUAUCAGGCAAAUCUAUAUUUGCCUGAU